GCGGGGCCCUGGGCGGGCGAGGAGCGGCGGCGGCAGGGGCGGCUCCGGCGGCGGUACGGGGAGCGGGACUGGGACGGGGUGACUUACGCGUCCGCCAUGGAGUACGUGACCGCCGAGCAGCUGGCUGGCUUUAGCAAGUACAAGUACAGUGCCGUGGACAGCAACCCCCUAUCUGUGUACGUCAUGCAUCCCUUCUGGAACACCAUAGUGAAGAUCUUCCCUACCUGGCUGGCCCCAAAUUUGAUAACGUUUUCUGGCUUCCUGCUGCUUGUCUUCAACUUCUUCCUCAUGGCAUACUUCGACCCUGACUUUUAUGCUUCUGCUCCUGAUCACCAGCAUGUUCCAAACGGAGUGUGGGUCAUUGUGGGUCUCCUCAACUUCGUUGCCUAUACAUUAGAUGGUGUUGAUGGGAAGCAGGCUCGCCGGACCAACUCCAGCACACCCCUGGGAGAGCUCUUUGAUCACGGCCUGGACAGCUGGGCCUGCGUGUACUUUGUCGUGACAGUCUACUCCACCUUUGGACGGGGCUCCACGGGUGUCAGUGUCUUUGUUCUCUACCUCCUCUUAUGGGUGGUCUUGUUUUCAUUCAUCCUCUCCCACUGGGAAAAGUACAACACAGGGAUCCUCUUCCUGCCCUGGGGAUAUGAUAUCAGCCAGGUGACCAUUUCAAUUGUCUACAUAGUGACAGCCAUUGUGGGAGUUGAGGCCUGGUAUGCACCUUUCCUGUUUAAUUUCUUAUAUAGAGACCUAUUCACUACAAUGAUUAUUGCUUGCGCCCUCACUGUGACGCUGCCCAUGAGCCUCUACAAUUUCUACAAGGCCUAUAAAAAUAACACCUUGAAGCACCACUCUGUGUACGAAAUCACGCUGCCACUGGUAUCGCCAGUGUUGCUGUUCCUGCUCUGCACCACGUGGAUCUUUGUGUCCCCCACAGACAUCCUGGAGGUUCAUCCCAGGCUCUUCUAUUUCAUGGUUGGAACAGCGUUCGCUAACAUCUCUUGCCAACUGAUCGUGUGUCAGAUGAGCAGCACCCGUUGUCAGCCCCUGAACUGGAUGCUGCUGCCCAUCAUGGCCGUGCUCUUUGUCGUCAUGUCUGGGUUGGCGCCGAAGGGCGAAACGCUUCUCCUCUACUUGUUAACUGCUUUCCUCACCCUGGCACACAUCCACUAUGGGGUUGUUGUGGUGAGCCAGCUUAGCAGACACUUCAAUAUUCGGCCUUUCUCCCUAAAGAAGCCCACACCAGAUUGACUAGGAGUGGAGGAAGAGCAAAUCAGCUUGCAGUCUGCAGAAGUACUGUAAAUAACUGCUGCAAAUACCUGUAAAUACUUCAGCCAUCACCACAGAUCUAAACCUAUUCUUUGGACAGACAUCGGGGCAAAUAUGCACGGUAUCCAGUGCAGCCAGGGCAGGACUGGCCCGGGGCAGCCCCUGCUGCUCUUCGCCUAGUGGAGGCUCUUGGUUUGGGUGCAGCUGGAGGAGAGUCGCCUUUCAGGUCACUGUUACUGUAUCUUAGACAAGCUGAAUGUUCCCAGUGUAACCUCAGAUUCCAGCUCUUGCUCUAGCAAAGCUGGUCGGGGAUGCAAAUGGCUUUGCUUCAGCAAACACCUUUGACCUCUUACCAAAAGCAACAUCACAGCUGAUUUCUGCAAGGUCAGAGGAAUGUGCUGGUGGUCUGGGGAGUUCUCUCUCUCCCUCGGGCCACUGCUGAGGGAGCAGAUGGUGGCAGCUCUCCUACGUUCUGUCCUGCCUUCCUGCUUUCACCAUUUUGGGCCAAUACUUGCACCUUUUUUUCCCCCUCUCAAACCCACAAAACUUCUGGUAAUGUUCUGCUUGAGGGGCUUGGAAAAUCAGGGCUCAUUUUGCUGUACAGUGGGAAGGCAGCCCCUGGCCUCCCCUGCUAGAGCUGCAGGGUAUCUGGGACCACGUCUCCCCCGUGUGUCUGUCCGUGUGUGUUCCCUACGUGGGAGUGGGGUUGAUGAGCCCAAGAAAACACCUCUGUCGGCCUGUGCGAGCAGAGGCAACCCCCCCACUUUCUCCUCAGCAGGAAGGUGCUGUUUGAGACCACUUCUGCUGUGUCCCCACAUGCUCUGCUCUCCUUUCCUAGCUGCACAGCCAGACUUGUGGGUCCCUCCCCCUCUCCACCAGCACAUCCCUGGCUGCACAGCCACGCUUGGAGAAGCACCUUAAUGUGGUGUUGGGUGUGCACAUGCAGGAAGCUCACAGGCGUGGGGGAGGAGGCCUUUCCAAACCCCCCCUUGAUUUCCAAGCCGGUCAUCCCCAGCAGUUCCGUGUCUCAUCCAGGGGUCUGUUUGUUUACUGUCCAUUUGUAAAAGACACGUUUGUGUUGAUGAUUUUUUUCCUUAUUUUUAAGUUUGUUUUAUUUUUUUUGUCACUGGGUUCGAGUGGGGUGGUGCAGACUGAAUGCUGAUCGAUUUCUCUCUCUUUCUGUUAAUUUUAUUUAAUUGAAGAACCUGUGCUUGAAUGAAGAGUGUAGCUUAAACCCAGGCUCUCUGGUCGGGCUGCAUCCGGAAGAGAACAAGCACAGCACGUUGUGCAUAUGUAAUUACCACGGGAACAAUGUCACUUCUACACUGAUGAUCCUGCUCAGUGCUUCCCAGAGGUACAGAGAAGCUCAGUCACAGCCUUUUCCUUCUGCAGACUUGCUCCUGCUUUAGGAAUCCACCAAGCUGUAAUGACUGUUUAGUGGGUUUUUCUUUUCUGUUGGAAAUUUGAAGCAUUGCCAUGCAGGUGCUGAGAGCUCAACAGCCUCUCCCUUCCCAGCCUCCUCUGCUCCUCCUUCUGUGUGGCUGGAGUGGGGGAAAAGGCUUUUUUUCAGAGUUUAUUUAAUAAAACAGCUUACUCCUCUAUCUUUUAUUGAUGUUACACAGCAAAAAAAACCGAAACCCAUCCCCUCAGUGUACAAAUGAAUGGGGCUGCGCUGGAAUUUUUGACUCUUUGCUACUUAAUGAAAUGUAAUUAUUGAAAGGAGAUCAAUUUGAGUUGUGCUCAAUUACAGGGCAUCUUAACCUGGGGCAGGGUGCUGGGCUCGGGGCUGUUCUUGGGCAGCAAACUGUUGCCAGCAGCACUGACAGAAACUGGAGGUGGGAUGAUUUGUUUCCUAGUUCUUUCUUUGCAGGCUCAGGGAAUAACUGAGCUCUUCCCUCAGGCUUCCACCUGCACCCUGGGAGCCCAGCCCUGGGACUUGCCUUGUCCUGUCUCUUCCCAUGAGCAUUGCUGGAUGCUGAAGAUGAUGUUGGCACUACUGCCAUGAAAAGAUGUCUUGAUCUUCACUUUUGGGACAUCACUUUGUCUCCCAACAUGCUGCCUGGUGCUCUUACCUUCUGCAGCACAUGGAUCCUGCAACACCCUUUUGGGAAGUGAUGAGCAGUUGGAAGUGGAGCUUGCUCCCUAAAAUCCUGCAAAACCUUGCUCUGCAGGAGAAAUGUCUCUCCUCAAAACUGGAACUUCUUAUCUGCACAAGCUUUAUCUUUGGAGAGCUAUGGAUUUUUGGUGCCAUACAUUAUUGCACCUUGAAGCUAGAAAUGUAUGUCUUUCAGCUCAUGUUGAGAAAGAGGCUCGGGUGGCUCUGGGGGAGAGAGGAAGGAGAGUGUGGGCUUGAGCUUAGUGCCCACCACUGACCCAUGUCCCUCAGCAGCUCAGCUCCACGGCUUUGCAAUAGCUCCAGGGAUGGGGACUCCACCAGCUCCCUGGGCAGCCUGGGACAGGGGCUGACAGCCCUCUCAGGGAAAAAGUUCUUCCUCAGCUCCAAUCUAAAUCUCCCCUGGGGCAACCUGAGGCUGUUUCUUGACCUAAGGAAUUCCUAUUCGCAAAUUCUGGAAGUGAACAGAAAGACCAAACCAUCUUGCAAGAGUGGGAUGAGACCUGCUGCGAAACAAACUAUCCGUGGGGUGGGAUGUGCUUCUUGGGCCAGAACAGGGGUCGAGCCCUCAUUCCUCACCUCGUCCUGCCCCUUACUUGAGGUCUGAUUUGUGUCAUCUCUUCUUCCAGGGAUAGUGUUUAUCAUAAUUUUCUUAUUUAUUGAUGGACCUGCUGAGGUGAUAAUAGGACUGGCUUAUGCUUUCCUAAAUCUUUUUUUCUUUGCACAUUUUAUCUCACUACAGCAUGUUACCAAGAAAAAAAAACCCAGUGAAGGAGGGAUGCACAAUCUUUCUGGGCCUGCUGGCAUGUUGGGCUCCCAAGCCUGGGCUCCAAGCAGAUCUUUGUGCUGGGGGAAGAGGUGGCUGGUGCUUCAUCUCCUCCUGCUCCUCAACUGAGUAGGGUUUUGGGAGAGCCUGGGACUUGUGAUGUGCAGACCCAGGGCUUGGGUAGUGGCAUCCUCACUUGCAGCUAUACUCCUUUCUGACUUCUGGUUUGUGUCACAGCUCCUGUGCUGAUCCAGGGACCUACCAAGUUCCCAAGCCGAUAUGCAGGUUUUGGGAUGGCCUGGGGUUUGGGUAAAAACGUCUGUCACUGCUGUUGAUAAAGAACAACCCCCUGUAGCAGGACAGGCUGGGGGUGACCUCCUGGAGAGCAACUCUGCAGAGGGGGACCUGGGAGUGCUGGUGGGCAGCAAAUAAACAUGAGCCAACACUGUGCCCUCGUGGGCAAGAAGGCCAAUGGCAUCCUUGGGGAAUGAAGAACAGUGUGGGCAGCAGGUGGAAGGAGGUUCUCCUGCUAUCCUCUGCCCUGGUGAGGUCUCAUCUUGAGUCCUGUGUCCAGUUCCGGGCUCUCCAACUCAAGAGAGACAGGGAACUGCUGGAGAGAGGCCAGCACAGGGCUACUAAGAUGCUGAGGGCGCUGCAACAUCUCUAUGAGGAGGAAAGGCUGCAGGACCUGGGGCUGUUCAGCCUGGAGAAGAGAAGGCUGAGGGGGGAACCUCAUCAGUGCUGAGAAAUCCCUAAAGGAUGGGUGUGGAGAGGAUGAGGCCAGUGCCAGGACAAGGGGUAACGGGCACAGGCUGGAACCCAGCAAGUGCCAGUGGCACAGGAGGAGAAACUUGUUUGGUGUUGAGGUGAGGGAGCCCUGGCCCAGGCUGCCCAGGGAGGGUGUGGAGGCUCCUUCUCGGGAGGUUUCCAAACCCACCUGGACACGUUCCUGUGCCCCCUGAUGGAGGGGAACCUGCUUGAGCAGGGGCUUGGGCUGGAUGAGCUCUGCAGGGCCCUGCCCACCCCCACCAGUUGGUGAUUCUAUGAUUUUAAACCCAACAUUUUACAAGUACUAACACUCUGGCUGACCCACGGGCAGACGAAGACAAAGAGAACUGGACACCUGUGAUCUGUGUUUUGAGCCCCUUCCUUCCCCUGCUGUGGUCAGUCAUUGUGAAGGUUCCCAACAGCCCUUCCUCAUGAGCACCAGCCAGCCAGCACAGGGGGCUUGGCCAGGGCUGGGAGAGCAGAGUGGGGCAAACUUGAGCUUCUAAGGCUCUGGCUCUGGAUAUUUAAGCCUCUUAAACAGAGCUGGCCUGAUGUUACCUUUCAGCAUUUGCUGGGUGCUGGCAUUUGUGACCUGAGGGCUGUUUUGAUCUCGGUUCUAGUGAUGCCCAGUAACUUUUCCUCAGAGCAACUGUGCCUGCUUGUGGUAGUCCUGGAAACUCUGGAGAAGUGGUGCUUUUUGGAAACUCACUCACAUUUUCUUUUCUUUGUCUCUAGGCCCAAGGGAACGGUUGAUUUGUUUGCAGACACAAGCUGCAGCUGCUCUGAUCCCUGUAGUUUGUGGCCAGCCUGUGGGUGGGCUUUUUGCCUUUUUUCUUCCAAGGACUGCAGUAAUUUCUUGAAACAGACUCUUGUUUCCUCUUAUCCUUGUUUGGUCAGUGUGUGCUGGUUGCUUGAGACACAGGAGUUCUUCAGCCUCCCCUUACACCCUCCCCAAAUCCUUUUGGUGGAAGGUGUCAGCCUUGCUCUGGGGGUGCUGGAGCUGAGGCAGCUCUGAGCUUGUUUGUCCUUUGCUUUUCUAACACAAGAUCUGCCAUCCUGGCAUGGGGAUGCAGCCAGGGCUCCUGCCUUUGCCCACCAUCAAAGCAGCAGCUCAGGCUGCUCGCGGUGGGACACGGUGGUGUCUUUGCUUCUGGAGAAGGUCCCUUUAGCUGGUAGAAGACUCUUUGGCUCAUCCAGGUGUGGUCAGACAUGGCUUGAGAGGUCUCCGGACUGGUCAGGGCAUCACUGCCCCAGGAGUGGAGAUUAUUGGUGAAAUUUGCUGCUUGCUCUCCGAGGUGUCCUUCAUCUCAGCCAGUGGCAUCUGUGGUGUCUGUUUGGCAGGAGCUGCUGCUGUUGGAGACCUCAUUAAUCAAAAUCAACCCCUGCUUCCCCCCCCUCCCUCCUGGCAGGGCCUGCUUCUGGCCCUGCUGCUGAAGUGGCUGCUGGUGUUGGUAGUGGUCCGUGUUGGGCUGGUGCUGGCCCCUCUGGCAGAGGAUGGUGGUGUAUCCUGGGUUGGUUUCGUCUCUGCGCCUCCUGGAGAGUGCUGGAUCGCUCUCUUCUCCAGCUGAAACCUUGUGUGUAAGGGCAGAGCGAGGCAGAGCCAGCCCCAGCUGCAGAACUGAGCAUCUUGGGCUCAGCUCUAACAUCUGAGCAUUUCUGCAAACAGCCCAGCUUCCACCACUGAGACCCCGCUGAAAAUGUGGCACAGCGGCUUCUCUGUGACUGCGCAGAACAUCCGUGAGGGCCUCUGUCCGGGUGGCUGCUUGGUUUUGUUGGGCAGCGUGGGGAAGGAGCUGGUGAUGCUGCCUCAUCCUCCUGGAAACACUUUUGGGGCAGUAACCAACCUGUGCUGUGGUCCCAGUGACCCCCAUCGCUCCCCUGACUUCUGUCACUGGGCGUUCAGGUACUGCAGUGGGUUUGAAUUCCAGUCUGUGAAAUAAUCUUACUGAACUAUUUAUUGUGUUUAAACCAAACAAAAAACUAUUAAAGUUCAGUAAAGAAUAAAAAUUUCCCAGACUAUUAA